AUGAAGAGACAAAACAAUUAUAUUCUGUCCAGAGAUCCUGCAAUGGUGCAAGUCUCGUGCGUUGAGUACGCCCUUUUAUGUUAUGCCCAAAUGAACACUUUUAUCAAUUUGAGAAAACUAGUCAAUAUAACAUUGAUUGAGAAAGUUUUUUCUUCAGAUUCACAUUGGCAGCCAUGGACAUGGUCCCUGAGGCUUGAACAUGAAGUUUCUAUCUUUUGCAAUACAUUGGUGUUUUUAUACUACAUCUCAUUAAAUAUUUGCUGGAAUAUGCAAGAGAAGACUACUUGUUUUGCCCUUUGCCAGGUUGAUCCAGAAAGGAGGUGGCAAGAAGUCUUUCAUACCUCUAGAAAGUUUACAUUUCUCCAUCCAAAUCCUGUGAAUUCAAUUUUUUUUUAUUUUCGAUUUUGA